UAUGCAAUCUAUUAAUAAAAGUCUUCUUUUUUUUUUUUUUUAAACAUUCUCACUUUCAUAAAACUACAAUAUUAUUUUUUUUCUCUGGCAUGACAGAUUAUAUUCAUCAACGCAAUUACGUAAAUACUACAGUACUUAUACAUGUACAUUAAAAUUAUCUUGCAUAAAGAAAAUUAGUAUUUGAAAUAACAAUGUAGCAGAAUCACAGCUAAAACAUGUAAAUGUUCGGGAAAUAUGUAAUGAGGAUAAUCCCCCGCACGUAAGCCCACACAAGAGGAUAAGUGCUUAUAUUUAGCUCUCUCUACAUCCUUUCAAACAUCUACCAUUUGUUCAUAACUGCAUGAUUGUUUCGUAGAUAGUAGUAAAUACUAAAUACAAAUCUCCGGUAACUUGUAAAUGGCUUUGUCGAAUAUUCAUUUCAUUUAUAUUGUAUUUAUAGUCAUGUUUCUAAAUCUUGCUUCGCACCCAGUGCUUUGUGACGAUUCUGUAUGGUCUGCAUGGUCCAGAUGUAAAACGCCGUGCCCGUGGAAAUGGUGCAGAAACACACUUUGUAUAGGAGCCAGAACAAGGAGCAAAACUUGCACUAACUCUGAAAAAGAUACCGAAGGUAGAAACUGUACUGGGGCUUAUAAAGAAAAUGUUUUCUGUUUGUUGAAUGAUUGUCGGGUGAAAGGAGAGUGGAGUGACUGGACGAGCUGGUCUGCCUGUAGUGUGACGUGUGGAACCGGUUAUCGACAACGAAUCAGGUUCUGUUCAGAUCAGGAAACCGUCUGCCGAGGAAGUAACUUUGAAAAGGUUUUCUGUGAUGCAGAACUUGUGUGUUCGGAUGAGGGCUUCUUUAGCCCGUGGAGUGAAUGGGGCUUGUGUUCGCAGCCGUGUGGAGGGAUUAGAGAAAGGCAGAGAACUUGUGCAGAACCAUUGUUGUCUGGCAAACACUGUUCGGGAAAUUUGGAGGAAAUUGGAAAGUGUAGUGCAAACAACUGUAAAGGUAAAUUGUAUUAUCGUUACAUGUACAUAUAUAUUAUUACACAUUAA